AUGGCGGCCGCCGCUCGGGCCUGGUGUCGGGGGCUCGUGGGGGCCGUGGCGCUGCCCCGGGGGGUUGGACGGUCCUCGGCGCUGUUGCUGCCGGUGAGGAGGGAAAGCGCUGCGGCCGACAAGCGCCCCACUGUCAGACCACGGAACGAUGUGGCCCACAAACAGCUCUCAGCUUUUGGGGAGUAUGUGGCUGAAAUCCUGCCCAAGUAUAUCCAACAAGUUCAGGUGUCCUGCUUCAAUGAGUUAGAGAUCUGUAUCCAUCCCGAUGGAGUCAUCCCAGUGCUGACUUUCCUCAGGGACCACACCAAUGCACAAUUCAGAUCCUUGGCUGACUUGACAGCAGUGGACAUCCCAACCCGGCAGAACCGUUUUGAGAUUGUUUACAACCUGCUGUCUCUGAGAUUCAAUUCCCGCAUCCGUGUGAAGACCUAUACAGAUGAGCUGACACCCCUUGAGUCCACUGUCUCUGUGUUUAAGGCAGCAAACUGGUACGAAAGGGAGAUCUGGGACAUGUUUGGAGUCUUCUUUGCUAACCACCCUGACCUAAGAAGGAUCCUGACAGACUAUGGCUUUGAGGGACAUCCUUUCCGGAAAGACUUCCCCCUGUCUGGCUACGUUGAGUUACGCUAUGAUGACGAAGUGAAGCGUGUGGUGGCUGAACCGAUAGAAUUGGCCCAAGAGUUCCGCAAGUUUGACCUGAAUAGCCCAUGGGAGGCUUUCCCUGCCUAUCGCCAGCCCCCUGAGAGUCUCAAGCUGGAAGCCGGAGACAAGAAACCCGAAACCAAGUAG